GUCUCCGGGACGUAAGUACCUUGUUCUCUCGCGAGAAUCCGACGGUGCGCAGCCGGCUGCUGAAGAGUGGCCUCUUGGUUGAGCGUUGGCCGUCCCUGCGUCGGAUUAUUCCGCUUCCUCUUAUCCAGUUACCUCGCCACACUUGGGAAUCCCAGUUCCUUUUCGGAAGAACUCUGUUUUCAGGUUGUUGACAUUGCAACAAUGGCAGAGUAUGGAAUAUCAACUGGGCAGCGUGUGGCAGUGAUCUGGGAUAGGUCAUCUCCAGUGGAGGCUCUGAAAGGUCUGGUGGAUAAACUACAGGUACUAGCUGGUGAUGAGAGUCACGUGUCUGUGGAAAACAUCAACCAACUGUUACAGUCUGCUCAUAAAGAAUCUAGCUUCGAUGUUGUUCUGUCGGGUCUGGUUCCAGGAAGUACAACCGUGCAUAGCACUGAGAUUUUGGCAGAAAUUGCUAGAAUCCUUCGACCAGGUGGGCAAGUCCUUCUGAAAGAGCCAGUGGAGACAACUUCAGUACAUGAAAGCAGAGUGAAGACAGCAGCUAAACUCUGCUCAGCCCUAACACUUUCCGGGCUUGUGGAAGUGAAGGAGUUGCAGAAGGAGUCCUUAACCCCAGAGGAGGUACAGUCAGUACAGGAACACUUGGGUUACCAGAGUGACAGCCUGGUCUCUGUUCAGGUCACAGGCAAAAAACCAAACUUUGAAGUAGGCUCUUCUACUCAGCUUAAACUUUCCUUUCCCAAGAAGACUGCUGUUUCAGAGAAACCUGCUGUGGACCCUACUGCUGUCAAGCUGUGGACACUUUCAGCCAGUGACAUGAACGAUGAUGGCAUGGAUCUCAUUGACUCUGAUGAACUCUUGGAUCCAGAGGAUUUGAAGAAGCCAGAUCCAGCUUCCCUACGGGCUGCUUCGUGUGGAGAAGGGACAAGAAGGAAGGCCUGUAAAAACUGCACGUGUGGCCUAGCAGAAGAACUGGAGCAGGAGAAAGCAAAGGAGCAGAGGAAAUCCCAACCCAAGUCAGCUUGUGGAAAUUGUUAUUUGGGUGAUGCCUUCCGCUGUGCCAGCUGCCCCUACCUUGGGAUGCCAGCCUUUAAACCUGGGGAGAAAAUCCUUUUGAAUGAAAAAAAUCUUCAUGAUUCCUAAAAGGCAAAAUCACUGGGACUUGUGGAGGUUAUUCCAUUCCAAAAACUGACUUCAGCACUCAUUUCAGGAAUCCUUCAAGUCCUGCCUGUUUGUCUCCUGCCUCUCUGAUUCUGCCUACAUUCUGUGUUGGGAUCCCAGAUGGGGUUGGCUUGAUAGACAUGCAGAAAUUGGGGUAUAUAUGCUGCUAUGAACCAAAGGAUUGAGAUAUAAUCAGCCAGGUUAAUUUGCAUUGGGCUGUCUGAUUCCUCAGUGGGACUUGAAUUGAAGGUAUAGGGAGAUUCCAUCUAAUUAAUGGUGGCAGAAAGGAGUUAUUUUCAUUGAGAAGCCACCCUCUCUAUGUUAAUAUUUGGGAACCUGAUCACAUCAUUUAGGACCUGAGCCCAUCUUCUCUGUUGCCUUGGAUCAUAUCGUCUUUGAACAUAGUUAUCCCUUGGUGUUAAACUUCUGUGAUGCAUCUCCAGAUCACAGAUCUGUCUUCUAAAUUUAUUGAUAACAAACUACUUGUUCUAUGAGCAAGCACAUUGUUAUUAUUGGAAAAAAUAACCGAGUGGUAUAUAAACUCCUUACAGUAUCUAGCUUCUAGUCCAAAUGGAUUCGUGAAAGCUUUUGAUCCAUUCAUGUUUUUGAAUCAAACUCAGCCUCACUGUUUCAGACCAUUAUUGUGAUCUGACCAUUUGGCAAUUAGUAUUGGAGCUGUAUCCAUUUUCCAUAUCUGUGAAUUUGUAGGUGAUAGAAUGAUGCACUCCUAUAUACUAGCUCCAGGGUGUGUGUGUAUAUCUGUAAGAGAAAGAGUUGACCCUGCAGAAACCAAAACACUUUCACCUAAAUGAAGGGCCUAAGCUCCCUUUUUUUCUUUAGAGUACAUUCAUACUUAUUAUCCUAGCUGAUGGCAUAUCAGGGGAGUCAGUGUCAUAAACAACCCUUCAGUUAUGAAAUGGAGUGUCUUUUCUUCAUCUACCCAGAAGUAUUCUGUGUGGGGAUCUACAGAUCAGGACUCAAACUGGCUAUAAUUUACUUUGUGCAAGACUCACUUUUGUCUUUCUUGCUAUUGACCCGUAAGGACUGGGAUCCUGUUUUGACAAAUGUUGACAAAUGUGUGGAUUUAGGGGAACUGAAAUUUCAGCUGUGUGACUGAUAAAUAAAAUAUUUAAGUGGUUUUAGUCUUUGAAA